UCUCUGUAUUGAAUCUUCUUCUUUUUGGUUAUUUAUUUAUUUUCUGGGUUUGUUUAGUUAUUGCAAGAUUUAGAUGCAGAGAAUUAGUAAGCUCAUCAGGGAUUAAGCUAAUUUCAUUUAAAUUAGGUUUUGAGUUAUUGUAAUUCACUUCAGCUUUUGUAUAAAAAUUCUGACCUUGUUAGGAAUUCUCUCUUAUGGAAAACAUGAGCGAGCAAAGUGGGUUACUUUCUAUUUCAAUGGGAAGCAAUAACGACGAGUAUGUGAAUGGGUUUAGCACAACAACACGUACUUUAGUUGAUCCGGGUUCCGAAGUUUCGGAGUCAGUGAAUCAAGAAAAGCCAUCGAUUCCUGAUUGUGAAAGUGAGAUUUCCGGCCCAAACGGUGUGCAAUCUCAAGAUUUUGGUGAUGGAUUGAUCAGAGUAGAUGAAGGGGAUAGGCGGUUUGCGAUUAUCCAAGAAAGAUUUUUUUUGGGAUGGGGUUCUCUUCGAGCUCAUAGCAGAGUGGUGGCCAUACACAAAUAUGCUUCCUCUGGCUUUACAGGACAAGCCCGGUUUCGCUCCUUCCAAAAUUUCAAGGAAGCUAUGGAAAACAAGUGUGAUGGCAAUGCCAAUGUGAGGUUAACUUGGUAUGGUGCUUCUAAGAAUGAGAUUAGAAAGAUAAUUUCUCAUGGUUUUGGUUAUUAUGGGAAAUCUGAGCCUAAGAGCAAUGAAUUGUAUGGCCGUGGCAUCUAUCUUUAUCAAUCCAAUUGGUCUAUGAAAAGGAAAAGAAGAUCUCACAUCAUGAAUUGGUACAGCAAAGGAGAAAGUUUGCAGGAGACAAAUACUUCAAGAUUCAGUGAGGAAGGAGAUGGAAGGGGCGGUUAUGUGAAAAUAAAUUCAGAUGCUUGA